GGUCGAAUGAAGAAGUCAAAGUCUACGCCUUUGGUCUUUCUUCUUACAAAGCCCUUUCACGCUCUCUCUCUCCAUUGUAAUCACAAGAAUGGAGUCUCUCUUCUCGGCCAUGAUCGCCCUGCUCUUGUUUUCCUUUUCAUGUUUCACUUCUUCAGCUCUCGCCAUCAACAGCGGAAACAUCACAAUCAAAUGGGAUCUCAUGACCUGGACGCCUGAUGGCUACGUUGCUGUAGUUACAGCUUACAAUUACCAGAGACAACGUUCAAUUCGUUCACCGGGUUGGAAAAUGAGCUGGAGAUGGACCAGAAAAGAGAUUAUCUGGAGCAUAAUUGGUUCAAAAACCACAGAGCAAGGAGAUUGCUCCAUGUUCAAAGGAAACAUCCCUCGUUCCUGUGUUCGUAAACCAACAGUCGUCGAUUUGCUUCCUGGAACUCCUUACAAUCAGCAAAUCGCUAAUUGCUGCAAAGGUGGUGUCUUGAAACCGGGUUUAGAAAGUGCAUUCCAGAUAACCGUUGGUUUAGCUGGUACCUCGAAUAAAACUGCUCGAAUGCCUGCAAACUUCAUGUUCACGGCACCUAAACAACAGUACAUCUGUGGGCCGGCCAAGAAUGUUAGACCGACGAAGUUUUUAACCGCAGAUAAAAGGAGAGUUACUACAGCCAUGAUGACCUGGAACAUUAAUUGCGUCUACCACAAAGCAACAUGAACAACGCAAGUCUCCGAAUUGUUUUACUUUGAAAUUGAAUAAGCAAAAUCUAUCUCCAGCGAGUUUCUGUAAUUUGUAUUUUCAUGCAUGGUUUAUGAUUUAAGAAAUUAAAAAACACAACUUUUAUCAUCCUAUACGGAUUCUUUCCAGAACCUAA